AUGCAAUCAGGAUUCUACUCCAUGGGGACAAAAACUCAUCAAGUGGAAGAACGCAGUAACUACAUCAGCUUCUGUCAAUUCGUAAGCACCAAGAUUGAGAUGAGGAUAAUAUCCUCCUGUCCUCGGUUGUUUUGCAUUCACGGCGCGAACCUUUGCUUUAUAAACGAGAUGAAGAUAAUACCCUCCAAUCCUCGGAGACCAUACGAGACUGCCAAUUUCUACAACGAAAGAGUGCAGCCACUUAACAAACACCUAACACCAGAUUCAACACAUCCAGCAUCGAUACAUUUACACAAAACGCGUCACUGGCUCGUUCAUCCACAGACCCGGUCCACGAUCUACCGUCAUUUUGCCGGCUUUUGCAGUGGUUUCUAUUCUACAUUGCCUACAAAGAAUAUGGACUGCUUCCUUCAGGCUGUGGAGUCUGGCCUGCCGUUUCUGUACAAUCAGGGAGUGGGUUUCUUCUUAAACACAUUCAUAACGCAUGGGAACUAUGUGAAAAAAGUUUCAUCCAUUGCCUUGGUUAUCAAAUUGCAAAAUACUUCUGAUGUAUUUCAGCUGCAUUGUAUCACAUCAUAUCACAUUGAAUUGUACUAG